GAACCAAGAAAGAACCAUACCUACUCUACACUGGCUCCAGCAGAAGUGUACUUUUCUAUACGCUCUCGUACGUCCGGGCCACAUGCGAGACGCGAAACCGCUGCCGUCGUCACCGGUCACCACCACCCCGCUCCAGUAGUCUCCUCCCCACAACCCCGCUCCACUCCACUCACUGGCGGAUCAGCUCGACAACUCCUAUAAAUCGGCACCACCAACACCACGGAAUCUCCCACCUACGCCUCCAAGAGACCAACCAACCACCAAGAUCCAUACAUUCUCCCGGAAUCAACCGGAGUAGGAGCGGUCGAUCGGGAUGGGGAAUCCGGGCAAUGCAUCCUCGUCGUCGUCUUCGUGCCGCGGCCGGCGGGGCCCGGCCGGGUUCGGGCUGGCGCUGGCCCGGCUGGUGCGGAGGAUGCGGAGGCGGAGCAAGAUGCUGCUGUGCACGGCGGCUCCCACGGGCGCGUCCUCCCGGUGCCGCCAGUACGACCCGCUCAGCUACGCGCGCAACUUCGACCGCGACGGCUUCGGCUCCGCGCUGGACGACGACGUCUCCGGCGCCGGCAACCUCUGCCACCACUACACCUUCGCCUCGCGCUUCGUGCUCCCCUCCUCCUCCUACGGCCGGCAGCAGCAGUAGGCCGGCCGGCCGGCGAGCGAGCUGGUCGCAAGUAGCACUAGCGUAGCCAGAGCUGCUCUGUUUUUGUUUCGUUCUUUGUCCCCCGGCUUCAGCUAGCGGAGUGGCUAGCUGGUCUGCGUGUUCAUAUGUGGGGUCGAAUUCCAGGCCGGCCUCCUUCUGUCCUAAAAUUUGUGACCACUUGGAGAGCUGCAGGAAAAUUAGCCAAGUGGAUGAAAUGUUUCCAAGACAUAAAAGCUAACAUUUCUUGAA